CAGGAACCCUCCCAGCCUAUCACUAGCGCGCUCGUGCGCAUGCGCCGCAGCGGGAGACAUCCACCCGAUUGGCUGCGUCGGUGGCGCUUGCGCACGCGCAGUCCUCGCCCAAACGGGGUGAGGUCACGAGGGUCGCGGAGGUGUGUCGGUGUGUGUAUGUGCCUUUCCGGCCCCCGUCAUCUCCGGCGCUUUCCCAUCUUCAUUCAUCCCGGGCGCUCUGUUUCAGAGCUCGGAAUGUUCCCGGAGCUCAAUAAUCUUCUCAACACCAGCCCUGACCGGGCGGAGCAGGGGAAACUGACUCUACUAUGUGAUUCCAAGACAGAUGGCAGUUUCCUUGUGCACCACUUUCUCUCCUUCUACCUCAAAGCCAACUGUAAAGUCUGCUUCGUGGCACUCCUCCAGUCUUUUAGUCACUACAGCAUUGUGGGACAGAAGCUGGGUGUCAACCUGACUGUGGCCAGAGAGCGAGGGCAGCUGGUGUUCCUGGAGGGCCUCAAGUCCGCCGUGGACAUCUUCUUCCAGCCUCAGGAGGAGCCACACCCCCUGCGCUUCCUCAGGGAAGCCAGUGCCGGGAGCCUGCAGCCAUUACAUGCGUUUGUGCGGGAGGCCCUGACGCCCGCGGACGGCGAGGACGCUGCAUGGAGGUUCCCAGUGCUGCUGGUCGACGACCUCAGUGUGCUGCUGAGCUUGGGUUUAGGAGCGGUGGCUGUGCUGGACUUUGUCCACUACUGCAGAGCGACCGUGUGCUGGGAAUUACAGGGAAAUGUGGUGGCCCUUGUGCACGACAGUGGAGACGCGGAGGAUGAGGAGAACGACCUCCUGUUGAAUGGCCUCAGUCAUCAGAGCCACCUGAUCCUGCAGGCUCAAGGCCUGGCCACUGGCUUCUGCAAGGAUGUGCACGGGCAGCUGAAGAUCUUCUGGAGGAAGCCCACAGGCCAGCGGGAUCGGAGCCUCAUUUACCAGUAUAAGAUACAGGACAAGAACGUGUCCUUUUUUGCCAAAGGAAUGUCUCCAGCUGUUCUGUGACUCCAUUUCAGGGGCCAGCUAUAAAGUUCACUUGGAAUGUCUUUUACAUGUGGAAAAUGAAGCAGUCUGACAGGAAUAGUAUUUUAUGUUGGACUGGUGGCUCCACUAUGAACAGAAAGGGUUGAGCAGAGAGAGGACCCUGGUCCUGGAAGCUCAUGCCUGUCAUCCC